CUUCAACCGGGAAGUAAUUUCACGCACAAGAAGCGAGGCAUAGGAAGCAAAGCAGAAGUCAGAUGUCAUUUAGUCCGGGAACUGUUUUUAAACUUUAAACGACCUGCAAAAAACCGGCGAUUCGGUGGGAACAUUUUUUAAAUUUAAUUAAAACUUGGACCAGUUUUUGACCCAGAAGAUGGCUUCCUGUACAUGUCUGACUUUCCUAACUCUUCAGAUGUUAAUAUCGCUGGUCUUGUCCUCAGGGAGACCUAACAUCCUUCUGAUCGUGUCGGACGAUCUGCGGCCCGCCAUGGGAAGCUAUGGUUUCUCAGGGGUGAUGACGCCCAACCUGGAUCAGCUGGCGUCGGAGAGCGUCGUGUUCCGUAACGCAUUUGCGCAGCAAGCGGUGUGCGCACCCAGCCGGACCUCCUUCCUGACCAGCCGGCGUCCCGACGCCACCCGGCUCUACGACUUCAACUCCUACUGGAGGGUCCACGCGGGCAAUUACACGACGCUGCCGCAGUACUUUAAGGAGCAGGGCUACCACACCAUGUCUGUAGGGAAGGUCUUCCACCCAGGCAUCGCCUCCAAUCACUCGGAUGAUUUCCCGUACAGCUGGUCUGUACCGCCGUAUCAUCCCGCCUCCUUGGCCUAUGAAAAGAGGAAGGUCUGCAGGGGCAAGGACGGGAAGCUCCAUGCCAACCUGCUAUGCGCUGUCAACGUGUCGGAGAUGCCGCUGAAGACUUUGCCCGAUAUGGAGAGCACGGCAGAGGCUAUCAGGCUGCUGCAGUCCAUGAGGGAGGCGCAGGAGCCUUUCUUCCUAGCUGUGGGCUACCACAAACCUCACAUUCCUUUCAGGAUCCCACAGGAGUUCCUGAAGCUCUACCCCCUGGAGAACAUGACUCUGGCCCCUGACCCCGAAGUCCCCAAAGGCCUGCCCCCUGUGGCCUACAAUCCCUGGACAGACAUCCGAAAACGGGAGGAUGUGCAGGCGCUGAACGUCAGUUUUCCCUACGGGCCGAUCCCCCCGGACUUCCAGUUACGGAUUCGGCAGCACUAUUUUGCUGCAGUAUCCUACGUGGACUCGCUGGUGGGAAUGCUUCUGAGCACGCUGGAUGAUCUGGGAUUGGCCAGGAACACUGUGGUGCUUUUCACCUCUGAUCACGGCUGGUCUCUGGGUGAACACGGGGAAUGGGCCAAGUACAGUAACUUCGACGUGGCCACGCGUGUGCCACUGCUGAUCCACGUUCCCUGGGUGAUGUCACGGGCCGGGCGGACAGUGGGGCGGAGCUUCCCCUUCUGGGACGUGUUCCGCUUCCCCCACAAACGAUUUGCCAAAGGAUGGGCUGUCAGGAGCGUGGUGGAGCUGGUCGACCUCUUCCCCACGCUGGCGGAGCUGGCAGGACUCAAGGUCCCCCCACCCUGCCCUCAUGCCUCCUUUGCCGUCCAGCUGUGCACGGAAGGUUCCAGCCUGGUUCCGAGCCUCCGGGCCCCAGAGCACAGGAUCGAUACGGAGGCCAUUGCAUAUAGCCAGUACCCCCGUCCCAGCGACGAACCCCGGGAUGACUCGGACUUGCCGUCCCUGCCUGACAUCCGCAUCAUGGGUUACUCUGUGCGCUCCUGGGACUACCGCUACACGUUGUGGGUGACCUUUGACCCAACUCACUUCCAGGCCAACCUGUCGGACAUCCACGCCGGAGAGCUGUACCUUCUGUGGGAGGACCCGGGACAGGACCACAAUGUGUAUGAUAGCAGCGAGCACAGCGUCCCCUACAGGAAGCUCAGCUCAGUCCUCCCGUGGAGAGAUGUGCUGAAGCAAUACCUGCUCUGUUUCCGCAAAGGGUUAAAACCUGAAGGGAUGCUUUAACUCUUCACUGCAUGGUGGAGAAGGACGACAGCCCAUGCAGGGAGGCCAUGUAAAAAAAAACUGAAGGGAUCAUUUCACAAUUCUGGACUUACCUUAAGGAACGAGGGAACAAGAAUAGGGAGAGAAUCAGGGAACGUAACACUCAGAGAGAGAAUAAGGGAGACAUAACACAAGGGAACAAAAACCGAGAGAGAAUCUGGGGAACAUAAGGGACCAUGAACAGAGAGAGAAUAAGGGGAACAAAAACCGAGAGAGAAUCCGGGGAACAUAAGGGAGCAUGAACAGAGAGAGAAUAAGGGGAACAAAAACCGAGAGAGAAUCCGGGGAACAUAAGGGAGCAUGAACAGAGAGAGAAUAAGGGGAAUAAAAACCGAGAGAAUCCGGGGAACAUAAGGGAGCAUGAACAGAGAGAGAAUAAGGGGAACAUAACAUAAGAAUAUGGGAGCAUGAGCACAGAAUAAAGAGAAGGUAAGAAUGAGGGACUUUGGGAGCUGUUUGUGUUCUUUCAUUCCAUGCACCAGUGCUGCGUAAUGGGGCGGCUAAGUGCAUCGACAUGUCUGACACACGUUGCGUGUUUUUUUCUGUGUGAUUCGGCCGCCAUGUUGGGGGGGGGGGAUUCACUGCUUCUCACAAUAGCAGCUUUCAUGAGAAUCGCUCAAGGUGCAGAAAAACCACAUCACACAGCAGCCGUGCACCUCCACCUCCCUGCACCCCCCCCCUGCCACCGCCUUAACUCUGAUUCUCGAUGGUGCGCCUCACAUUUCACUCAGCACCUUGUGAAAACCACCCGCCCAGGUGACCACGGCUCCCCGUGGAGACUAAGAAUGUAAACCAGACCCGAUUCUGGCCUGCUGGUCUCCCCACACCAGGUCACAGAGGCCCGGUAUCAGCAGUGGUAAUGAGCUUAGGUUCUGGCACCAUGUUCUCUUCCGUAAACAUCAUGUCAGCCACGUUCGUCCUGGUGCUGCCUUUUGCAGUUUUUGUUUUGGGGGCGGGCCUGCCCGGUUCCUGGGGUGCACUCAGUCAUGCGUGGUGACGGUGGCCGGCGGCCAGAGAGGCGGGAUCGAUGGCCGUGGCGUUUCUUGCUGAGCAGAUGCAUCUCGGAGCGUCCGGCGCAGAAGAUGGAUGAGGCUGUCAGAGCACAGAAAGGGGAAAAUGAUUUAACUUGGAAUAAAGUCUUAUUUUGUCACGUCA